AUGGCGACGACAUCGUCACGUCGCGACGUGGCCACGUUGCUCAAGUACUACGACGACCCGGGCGACGGCUCGCCGCCGGCACCAGUAAUUGUUGGCAGGGGUACUGUGAAGAAUGAGCGGGCGAUGAUCGAGGCGCGGACCGUCGUCGAGGAUAUGACCGGCCGCGAGGCCGCCUUCACGCUCGACAGCUGUGGCUUCCAGCUGGUUCACCACGCAAGCACGGCCACCGGCUGCCGUGACGACUGCUUCCGCAACGAAAGUCUGAUCGAGGCCGAGUACAUUGGCGACUGUGAGCGGCUGCUGCAGGCCGUCACUGGUGCUGUCCGUGUCUUUGUUUUUGAGCACAAGGUGCGCCGCGGCCCGGCUGACUGGCACAAGCUGGGGCCCGGCAACGCAGCCAAACGUGGACCUCUGCACCGCGCUCACGUCGACCAGUCGUACGGUGGCGCCGAGCAGCUGCUCCGCUACUACUUUCCCGACGAGGCCGACGGCCUGCUGCAGCGACGCUAUCAGAUUGUGAAUGCCUGGCGUCCUAUCAAAACAAUCCACAAAGAUCCCCUCGGUGUGGCCGAUGCCCGUUCUGUUCCCGAUGACGACCUUGUCGAGGCCCGUGUCAUAUAUCCCGAUCACGAGAUGUGCACCUGGACCAUCAGGCCUGGGCCAGACAUCGCUCGCGGCGCUGACCCCGUGCCCACGACCGCUCAUCGCUGGUUCUACAAGCACGCCCAGACGCCUGACGAAGUCAUGCUCAUCAAGUGCUUCGACAGCAUCGCCGAUGGCUCUGUCGCCCGUCGGGCCGCUCACUCGGCAUUUAACGACGCUGGCUACGACGACGCGGAGCCACGCGAGAGUAUCGAAAUCCGCUCGUUUUUGUUCUACUAG